AUGUAUUUGCCUCAUUCAUCAUUUUACUGUUUCUGGGAGGACCGAAUUGACUGGAGUAUCAAACCCAUUAAAAAUGCCGACUAUUGUGCUGCUGAAACUAGAUUGUUUGCAGCAACUAUUGCAACUAUUACAACUGCUACCCAUAUUAUUGUUAUCAAGUUUCGAGAUCAACUCGUUUUACAUUUCCAUUUCCAUUCAUUUCCUGACACCCUACAAAUACCAAUAAUGAAUUCACUGUGGUCCCGUCUCAACAUCCUAUCGGCUGAUUCUCCAAAACAGUCUUGCCGUAGUGUGCAAAACACUAUUCCCCAACCAACCAAUGCUUGUGAAAAUGCACCACACCUUGCCGAAGCAAGCAUGAAUCCAGAAAGUUCAAAUCAGGAAAACAUAUACACUGAUAUGUAUACAUCCAGCCCAAUCAGUCCAAUCAGUACAAUCAAUGAUCCAAGAAUCCCUGCUUCACCAAUCUCGUCCCUGAUUGAGGCAGCUAGGAUACUGCAGUCUGGAAAGCAAUGCGACUCUACAGUAUCAACCAUAUAUACUGCAGAGUCCAUUGCACCAGAUUCAGCAGUGACUGGCCAUUCAUCAGGACCCGUUGAGCAUUAUACCGAUGCUCAAGCAUCUAUGCUGUCAUACAGCUAUGCUAAACGGGUUUUGGCGUGUGACAAACCGCCUUUUGAAACUCGGUAUAAAGCUGACCAGAUGCAGUACACAAGCAGUAAGCUUCCCGGUGAGGUUGAUAGAUCAAAAGUGUGGCAGCCCAUGUCAUCACUGAGUGAUUGUAUCAGUCUCUGUGAGUAUGUGCGCGAGUUACAAGUUUCUGGUUCAACAAUCAUUGAUAACAAAACAUCCACUACAGUCAAAAAUAAGACCCAAUCACGUUGGAUCUGUGUGCAUGCGAUUGAUCAACAACGAUUGUCAGUGUACACGCAGACCAACAGUUUAUGUGGUAUCAGUCCAAUCCAAACUACUGGCAGGGCAACUCGAGUCAAUCCAAGUUGUUCAUAUGCGACAACAGCACGUUGCACACACACGCAGACUGUCGAUACGGAAUGCCAAGCAACAAUCAACUUAUUCCGUAGUCGUGCAAUUGUUGACAUAAAUACCAUUGCGGUCAAUGCUGUAUCGACUGGUGUCGAACCUUGA